AUGCCAUUUGGCCGCACCAUUCCUCCAGCACUUUCUUCACUCACUAGAAGUCUUUUCGCGCAACGCUGGAGAGCGCAUCCUCAUUCAACAUUUUACAAACCCGAUGCACCAAUUCGAGGAGCUUUAUACUCUUCUAUCGCAAACGCGAUGUUAAAACGAGCGGUCAAAGCUAAGGCUACGGAGCCUCCACUUCCGAAUGCGAAGAACGAUGCAAAAAAGGCAGCAGUUACGCCAAAUAAUUUGACAAGAAAUGGAAACAUUGAAGAAUCAUUGAAACCCAAACCUUCGCAGGCAAUCGGCGGAUUUGUACAACCUUUGAGACCAGCUUCAGCAAAUGGGAAGCUGUUGCCCAAGGAGAGUCAAUCGACCGUUAUAUCAAGUGUCGGCAGCUCUCGUAUGAGUUCGUUAUUCAGCGGGGAGGACGCAUUCCGAGAUACCCAGAAUAGUAGCUUUGAUCUUGUGGAACUAGCGGACGAAUUCAGCGAGGACGAUGAAAUAGAUUUUGAUUACAGUUAUACUUUGCCUACACAACCUCUGUCUACCAAUGCUUCCAUGGCAGCGCCCCCGAAGCCUACCUUUCCAACGAUACCUUCGUCUCCAUUCCGCGAACGAUUCAGUGUACAACGUGUGCCAAGUAGUAGCGCGCAAACUUGGUCGUCCUCUCCACCUGCACAUAAAGGAACGCCGCCUGGAGCUCUAAAACGAAGAGAGCGAGAGCGAGAGCAAUUGGCGGCAAAGUCUGCCAUAGUCGUUGAGGAUGACGAGGCACCAAAAUCGAAACGACGUACUUUACCAUGGCUGCAGCAGAAGUCAGAACAAGAUGAGGUGUCGCAUAAACAAGAACAAGCCGAAGAAUCAAACUCCGAAGGGGUUGGCUCAUCUGCUGCCCCAGUUUGUUUCAAAUGUAAAAAGACGGGUCAUUAUGUCAACAAGUGCCCUACCAAUGGAAAGGGAAAGCCAAGCGAGUGGGAUUUCAGCCCUCUGCCUCAUGACAAGAAAGAUAAGCAUUUGCCGUGGAACACAACCGCAAGUAAGGUUGCAGAAGAGAGGAGGGUGGUUAAGGAGAUGCGGAAGAGAAAAAUUGACAAGGCUGAAAAGGCUGCGGCGGAAUCCCAUGGGCGUUUAAAGACUGCUAAAUUAGCCCCAAUUCAAUUAACUGACGAGCAAACUCGGGUGAAGGACCUCGUUGUGGAUCAGGGCAAGAGUGUCUUUUUUACUGGUUCUGCGGGUACUGGAAAAUCCGUUUUGAUGAGAUCAAUCAUUGCUGCGUUGAAAAAGAAGUAUGUCCGCGAGGGUGACCGAGUUGCUGUCACAGCUUCUACAGGCUUAGCUGCCUGUAAUAUUGGAGGCGUGACACUGCACAGUUUUGGGGGUAUUGGACUGGGUAAGGAGGAUGUACCUACUCUUAUAAAGAAAAUAAAGAAAAACACCAAAGCUAAGCUUCGAUGGACAAGAACUAAGGUUUUGAUCAUUGAUGAGAUCUCUAUGGUUGAUGGCGAUUUGUUCGAUAAAUUAGAAGAGAUUGCCAGAGGAAUGCGUAACAAUGGCCGACCUUUUGGAGGUAUACAACUUGUGAUUACUGGGGAUUUCUUCCAACUCCCUCCCGUUCCAGAUUACAACCAAAAAAGUAGAGGUGUCAAAUUCGCAUUUGACGCUGCUACCUGGGGAACUGCAAUUCAUCACACAAUUGGUCUAACAGAAGUGUUUCGUCAAAAGGAUCCUGUGUUUGCAAAUAUGUUAAACGAGAUGCGCCUGGGGAAGGUCUCUCAAGACACCAUAAAAGCCUUCGUUGAAAUGAAGCGCGCUAUAAAUUAUGAAGACGACUUGACAGCUACAGAAUUAUUCCCAACCCGAAAUGAGGUCGAGAAUUCGAAUACAUUCAGACUGAGAAACCUACAUGGCAAGGCGUACAGGUUUGAGGCUGUCGACUCUGGGUCAAUUACCGAUGAAGGAAUGAGGGAAAAACUACUUUCCAACAUGAUGGCUCCUAAAUCGAUUGAACUGAAGAAGGGAGCACAAGUCAUGCUAAUCAAAAACAUGGAUGAUGGUCUGGUAAACGGAUCACUUGGGAAAGUUGUUGCUUUUAUGAGUGAAAAGUCGUUCGAGAUCUACGAUGCCAACCCAGAUAUACUUAACGAAAAAGAACUUUCCGAUGCCGAAGAAGAGAACCACCGCCAAUCAGAUCUCGCAAAGUUCAAACAGACUAACAAGGAGCUACCCAUCACUGGCGUCUCCAAUCAUGGAAGACUUUUUCCAUUGGUACGAUUUUCCAUUCCAGAUGGAACUGUAAGAGAUCUUCUUGUUCAGCCAGAGGAUUGGAAGAUAGAACUUCCUAACGGAGAGGUCCAGGCGCAGCGCAGUCAACUACCUCUUAUUCUUGCCUGGGCACUUUCUAUUCAUAAAGCACAAGGGCAAACACUGGAACGUGUCAAGAUUGACUUGAAAAGAGUGUUCGAGAAUGGACAAGCUUAUGUUGCGUUGAGUCGGGCAACAAGCCAAGCUGGCUUGGAGGUUCAGAAUUUCGACCCAAAGAAAGUAAUGGCGCAUCCAAGGGUUGCAGAAUUUUACAACAGCUUGUAUAGUGUCAACAAAGCUUUGGCGCACCCAAGAGUUGCGAAAGCAGAUCCACCAAAGAUACCAACAAAACCUAUCAAGCCAUUGCAAGACGAUAAUUUCUUCGACGAGGACGAGGAAGAAAUGGCACGCCAAUUCAGAAGCGGCGGGCGUCUAUGA